AGUAAGGCGAUUUGUGAUCCAACUUUUUUCUUUUUUUGUAUUUUGUUUCUACGUCUUGGAAUAAUUGGGCAGCCCCUAUAUAAAGAGAGUCAAGAACUUUGUAAGAGCAUUCAAAAAUUGAGCUGAAAGUGAAAGAGAAAACAACAAAUUAGAAGAGCAAUUAACCAUGGCAAAUAAGUACCAUGUUAGAUCAAUUAGUUUGCCUACUAGAUCUCAUCCUAGCACCAUUAGAGUGGAAGAGGAGUUAAGCAAGCUCAAGAUUUGGGAAGAAACAUCCACAUCCAUAUCCACAUUAGAUUCCAUUCACACUGGCCUAUCCUUGCUUGAAGAUUUGUACCUUAGUUUGGAUGAUCUUCUCAACAUGGCAUCAACCCAACAAGUGAUUUCUCACCAUAGAGGUGAUAAGUGUGUGGAAGAGGUGUUGGAUGGUUCUGUGAGAAUUUUGGACACAUGUGGCAUCACAAGGGACACCAUGUUGCAAAUCAAGGAAAAUGUCCAAGCCCUUCACUCUGCUCUUAGGAGAAGAAAAGGAGAGUCAUGUGUUGAAACAAGUGUGGCUGAGUACAAAUUGUUCACCAAGAUGAUGAAGAAGAAUGCUAACAAGUUGAUCACAUCUUUGAAGCAGAUGGAUGGAAAAUUUGGGGUGUCACCACUUUUGGGUCUUGAUCAUCACCUUGGUGCUGUGAUUAGAGUGCUUAGGGAAGCCAUUCUGAUCAACUUGUCAGUUUUUCAAUUUAUUUUGUCAUUCUUGACCAUGUCUUCGUCGAAUUCUAAGGGAACCAAGUGGUUGGUGGUGGCAAAGUUGAUGCACAAGGGGGUGAAACCUUGUGAAGAAAACUCCGAGAAUGUGAAUGAGUUGCAGUGUGUGGAAGCAGCUUUGAGCACCCUUUUGAAUGAAGGUGCUAAUGAUGAGAAGAUGCAGGUGGCACAUGAGAGAUUGGAGGCUUUGGAGAAUGCCACUGAAAGUGUUGAGAAUGGCUUGGAGAGUGUGUUUAGGCGAUUGAUUAAAACUAGAGCUUCCCUUUUGAACAUUAUCUCCCAGUAGAGUGUUUUCAAUAGCAAUUUUUAUCAAAUCCUGCAAAUGCAUCCAAAUUUUAGGGAUCUGCUGAGGAUUAUUACCUCAAUGAUUUGUAGAUGUAUAAUAUUCAAAAGUAAUGCAUUGAAAUGUAAAGAAAAUGUUCAUUGUCUAUA